AUGGAAUGCACUGAUCUAUCCUCGACUGACCGUGUUACUAGACAGAAAAUUCGUGGUUUGAACAUUUUAUGUAAUAGUUGCUCCGUCAAUCUUGGUAACUUUACAGAUUUAAAGAAAGUUAUAACUGACUUUAAACUUGAUAUACAAAAGAAACUCGAUGAUAAUAUUGCUAAACUCUCGACCGAAAUCACGCAACUAAAAAAUAAAAUUGUGUCUGUGGAAGCUACUAGCUAUAUCGAAAUCACCGAAAAAAUUGCAAACGAAGCGGUCACAUGCAAAAAAUGUACUUAUCAGGGGAUUACCAGAAAGCACCGGAGACAUUCACUCUAA